GCCUACGAGGCAGGAUAAUAUUCCACAUCAUCAUCUCCUUUGAACCUACCUCUCCUCUGAUGUGGCAAUGGCUGCUGCUCCACAAAGACAACAUGAAUUUCUCACUGUAAAGUUUGCCCAGGCUGUUGUGUGUGAAUUUAUAGCCACUGCGAUCUUCUUGUUCAUUGCACUGGGCUCAGCCUUCAAGUGGCCCUUAGAAUUCCCCAGUGUCCUUCAGGUUUCAUUGGCUUUCGGCCUAACCAUUGCCACGCUGGUUCAAGCAUUUGGUCAUGUCAGUGGUGCGCAUCUCAACCCAGCUGUGAGCAUUGCCUACUUUGUCGGGAAUCAGAUCUCCAUCAUCCGCUUGGUGUUCUAUGUGGUCUUACAGCUUUUGGGAGCCACCGCUGGUGCAGGACUCAUCUAUGCUGUGACACCCAGAGGCAUCCGUAAAACAUUAGCCCUUAAUGAUCUCUCCUUUGACAUAUCCCCAGGUGAAGCACUGGUGGUGGAAACCAUUCUAACCUUCUCUGUGGUUAUGUGCAUCUUCUCUGCUACUGAUAAGCGCAGGACAGACAGCAGGGACACUUCAGCGUUGUCUAUUGGCCUGGCUGUCUCAAUGGCUCAUCUCAUCGGGAUUUAUUAUACUGGCUGCUCCAUAAAUCCAGCUAGGUCUUUUGGCCCUGCCGUCAUAAUGGGAACAUUCAGUAGGGCUCACUGGAUCUUCUGGUUGGGGCCCAUCUUUGGCGCUAGCUUGGCCUCUGUCAUUUACAACUAUCUACUGUACCCUCACAACCUUAGCAUGGAAGAGAGGCUAGCUAUUGUUAAAGGUUUUAUUCCAGAAGAUGAAUGGAGAAGCACACCAGAAAGGAGGAAUGAACGAAACUGGACUUGAGUGUGUGGCCCCUCCCCUAAGUUUUUGCUCUCAAGUGGGUAUGGUGGAGGCCAUUGUUCCACCACGACUCUUGAAGUAAAUUCUAGCUACUGGUGUGAUUGGCUUCUGUGCAUGGAAUUGGAUGGGGGCAUCUUGUGCUUUACCUCAGGUCCCCCUUUAUGCUAACUUGGGAGGGGGGGACUCAGACUAAGGAAAUGGUGAAGGACAAGAUCUUGAGCCAGCCCUGUCAUCUCACCUCAAGUGAAGGACAAGCUCUUGAGACAAACAUCUUAAGACAGCCCUGUCAUUCGCUUCCACUCUUUUCCUCAUUCU